AUGAGGAGCUCGGAGAGCAAAGAGUUGGAGAGAGGAUACUGCCUAGAAAAUAGGCUGAGGCAGGAGGAGGCAGAUGUAGACCAAAUGCUGGAAAGGUUGAAAGAACAGCUCCUAGCUGAACUGGGAGCACGAGAUAACAGCCACACCCUCCUACCUACAUCCUCCUCUUUCUCAAGAUGGAUACAACAGGAGACCAUCCCCAAGAAGCUCAUGAUGCCGCCGAUGGCAGCCUAUGAUGGCACGGAAAAUCCCAAGGAAUACAUCCUAAACUACAAGACGUUCAUAAAGCUCCAAACUCACUCAGACGCCCUGAUGUGGAAAGUCGUGAUUGGCCAUGUGGCCAUGUGGGUUUGGUGUGUUUCUGUUAUGGUUCUAGCCGUGAUUGGCCAUGUGGAUCUCAGUGGCUCAAGUCCUGUAUCAAUUGGACAUCUUUGCAACCUACAAACACUAAAUUUCAAUCAGAAUUCAUUGCAUAGGGAAGUUACUGAACUUCACUUGUCAAAACUUGAAGCUUUGUCUGAGCUGGUUAUGAGCGGAAAUUCUUUAGUUUUUGAUAUUGCUGCCAAAUGGAUACCUCCUUUUCAACUUUACUGGAUUGACUUAUCUUCUUGCAUACUAGGGCCUCGGUUUCCACAGUGGCUCAAAACACAUAAGAGAAUUGUAUAUUUAGUGAUGUCCAAUGCAAGCAUCUCAGAUAGCAUCCCUAAUUGGUUUGAAAACAUUUCUUCCACUAUUGAAGGACUGGAUCUAUCUUAUAAUCAGCUCUUUGGAAGCGUGCCAAAUUUAAGAAAAGUAGACACGCUUGGUAAUAGGUUCAUAUCAUUGAAAUUUAACAAGUUUGAUUCUUUAGCCAAUUUUCAUACUGAUGCAGGUGAAAGCCUAUCUGCAUUGAAAAUGCUCAGUCUUCACUCCAAUAAAUUUGAAGGUGAGAUUCCUUUGCAGCUUUGUCACCUUGCUUCUCUUCGCAUGUUGAACUUGGCAAACAACAUGAUGACUAGAACCAUUCCUACUUGUUUUGGCAAUUUUACUGUAAUCUCUACACAUGAAAACAACAGAAUUUGGGACUAUCAUACUUAUGCAUUGGAUGGGUCUUUCGAAGGAGAUGUCUAUGGUGAGAACCUUCUGGUUUAUGUAAAAGGAAUACAGCUUGAAUAUACUAGAAUACUUGCAUUUCUCUAUUUCAUUGAUCUUUUAGGAAAUAACUUUGUUGGAGAAAUUCCAAAAGAGUUGAUGAAUCUUCUAGGCCUACAAAACCUGAAUCUAUCUAUGAACAAAUUAGAUGGGCAUAUUCCUUGGAAUAUUGGCAAGUUAAGCACACUAGAAUCACUUGACUUGGCCAAAACUGAACUUUCUGGUCUAUUCCAUCCAAUAUUUCUGAUUUGA